GCGGGGCACGGAGGCAGCAUGCUAAACCGGGUGCGCUCGGCCGUGGCGCACCUGGUGAGCUCCAGUGGUACUUCUUCCCAGCGCUCCAAGUCGCCAGAUCUGCCCAAAGCUAUCUCACCGCCUCCGGGAGCCCUAGAGACACCUAAGAGCCCCGGGACGAAGUCUGGGAACGAGAUCCCCGCGCCCCAGAAGACCGCGGAGACUCCAGUGAGCUUCUCUCGACCCACCUUUCUGCAGCUGAGCCCCGGGGGCCUGCGACGCGCCGACGACCACGUAGGCCGGGCUGUGCAAAGCCCUCCGGACACCGGUCGCCGCCUGCCUUGGAGCACAGGCUAUGCCGAGGUCAUCAAUGCUGGCAAGAGCAGGCACAAUGAGGACCAGGCUUGCUGUGAGGUCGUGUAUGUGGAAAGCCGGAGGAGCAUUACAGGGGUCUCCAGGGAGCCUAGCCAUAACCAGGGAUUCAGCUUCUACUACUGGGGCCUGUUUGAUGGGCACGCAGGUGGUGGAGCAGCUGAAAUGGCCUCCCGGCUCCUGCAUCGCCACAUCCGGGAACAGCUAAAGGAUCUAGUAGAAAUUCUUCAGGACCCCUUGCCACCCCCGCUCUGUCUCCCAUCCACUCCAGGAACCCCAGGAGUCUCUAGCCCCUCACAGUUGGUUAGCCCUCAGUCCUGGUCUCCACAGAAGGAAGUGACCCAUGACAGCCUGGUAGUAGGGGCCAUUGAGAACGCCUUCCAGCUCAUGGAUGAGCAGAUGGCUCGGGAGCGGCGUAGUCACCUAGUGGAAGGGGGCUGCUGUGCACUGGUUGUGGUGUACCUGCUAGGCAAGAUGUAUGUGGCUAAUGCAGGUGACAGCAGGGCCAUCAUUGUCCGGAAUGGUGAAAUCAUUCCAAUGUCCCGGGAGUUCACACCAGAGACAGAGCGUCAGCGUCUUCAGCUGCUUGGCUUUCUGAAACCAGAACUGCUGGGCAGUGAGUUCACCCACCUUGAGUUUCCCCGAAGAGUUCAGCCCAAGGAACUAGGGCAGAGGAUGCUGUACAGGGACCAGAAUAUGACUGGCUGGGCCUACAAAAAGAUUGAGUUGGAGGAUCUCAGGUUUCCUCUGGUCUGUGGAGAGGGCAAAAAGGCCCGGGUAAUGGCUACCAUUGGGGUGACACGGGGCUUGGGAGACCACAACCUUAAGGUCUGCAGUUCUACUCUGCCCAUCAAGCCUUUCCUCUCCUGCUUUCCUGAAGUACGAGUGUAUGAUCUGACACAGUAUGAGCACUGUCCAGAUGAUGUGCUGGUCCUGGGAACAGAUGGCUUAUGGGAUGUGACCAAUGACUCUGAGGUAGCUGCCACUGUGGACAGGGUGCUGUCAACCUAUGAGCCCAAUGAUCCCAGCAGGUAUACAGCUCUGGCCCAAGCUCUGGUCCUGGGGGCCCGGGGAAUCCCCCGGGACCGUGGCUGGCGUCUCCCAAACAACAAGCUGGGUUCCGGGGAUGACAUCUCGGUCUUCGUUAUCCCCCUGGGAGGGCCAGGAAGCAGUUACUCCUGAUGGGCUCAGCCCCAGCCCUCUCACUACCACCCCAGCAUCUUCAUUACCACUCUCCUCCAGCCCAAACAUGGAAGUUGUGCCCCUGACUCUCAAGUGGCCAUUUGACACAGGGAUGCCCACUAGUUCCAAAAUUACAGCAACUGUCUAAUAAAGCAGAUGGACAAGC